AUCCUCAUAGACAGACAUCGCCGUCCCCGCUUCUUGGUCUGUUAGGAUUUCAUUUCGUGUUACUGGAAGGAAACCAUGAAUCUCAAUCUCUCGGCAUCGUUAAAUGUCACCCGGCUGUUAUUCAAACCCAACCUCUGUCUGCCUCACCAUACAGUGUCCAACUUUAACGAUCUUCCUAUCCCGUUGGACAAAGCGUUUGAGAAGAGCGGGAGAGCGACAAAUAUUAAAGCAGUAGUCCUUGAUAAAGAUGAUUGCUUCGCAUAUCCAGACGCCAAGGAGGUCUACGAACCAUACAAGAAACAUUUCGAGAGAUUAAGAGCCGCCUAUCCAGGGCGAAAACUACUCGUCGUAUCAAAUACUUCAGGAGCAACGACAUGGGAUAAAGACUUGAAGCAGGCUGCCGAAGUUGAGAAGUCUACCGGCGUUCACGUUCUUCCUCACUCAGUCAAGAAGCCGGGAUGCGGGCCUGAAAUCAUGGCUUAUUUUAAACAGCACCCAGAGACGGAAGUCAUAGACCCGUCACAAAUUGCCGUUGUUGGUGACAGACUUACAACCGACAUGAUGCUUGCCAAUCUGAUGGGGGCGUACGGCUUCUGGAUUCGCGACGGCGUUGUGCCUAUGAGCCAGAAGAGCAUAGUAAGUCGCCAUUAAGGAACCGGUUAGGUCAUGACUAAAAGUUUCAGUUUUCCCGAAUCGAGCGCAAUCUUGCCGAUGUACUACAAGCCCGUGGCAUAAAGCCACCAUCGCCCCAAUAGACACAUCGUUGAGAUGAGAAACAGCCCAACAACCUGCAUCCGCUCUUGGUUUAAACGGAUAAAGGAACACCUUGUAUUAACAUGUAUAUUAGACCCAGCACCUGUAUAUAUGUAUAAUUUAUCGAUAAAUAGCCCUUUUUGAUCGCUGUGGACUAUAUACCGUUCCGAUGCACAGCAGAGUAGCGACAAGCAUUAAAAAAGUGUACAAUAUUUGCGAUAUAUUUAUAGACAAAAUAUUCAGUAUAUCUUAAUCAAAGCCCUAGCCUUUUCU